UAACGACCGCAGACCUUAAAUGUUUAGCGGGAGCCGUGGUGGAGAUUGUAUUGUGUCUCCUGGGUGUUCUUCUGUAUAUUGAUUGUUUUCAGUCAGUCUCUAAGUCUCUGGGAUGUCAUGGCUUCUAGAACAGCAAUCACAAUGGUGGACACUGAUAAUGUGCUGAAGUUCUUCGGUGAGAAACUUAAUGGCAUUAUUGAAAGUUUCAAAGAAAAUGAAAUAUGGUUGAAUGAAAUCCAGGAGGAAGCUACGAUGAUGUUUGUCAGUGGUUUUAAUGCAGAGCCUGAACUGAUGCCAAAAACUCCUUCAGAGAGGAAACGGCGUAGGAGAUUUCCAUCAAUGGUCCAGGAUCCAAAUAAAAGGUUUUCAAGAAGCAGAAGAAGUUUAAGACGUUCCUCAGUUAAGCGGAUAAAACUGAGAAACAGGGUCUUCGAGGAAGAAGACAAGUGCACUAAAAUGGUUGGGCAGACAGAGCCUGCAAGCCAGACUCGAUCAGCAUCAUGUGCUGCAACAACAGUCAGUCGAGAAACCGAGAAGACUAUUGUGGUCCCUGUUGCCCCUAUAAAUAGCAGAGUUCCAUUGGUUGACCUGUCGCCCAAUGGUUGCAAAAGUGCAGAAUUGCAUGGGAAGACUCAAGAGGCUUACAUGGGGCAAUCUGUGCAGAUUUCUGAAUUUGUGAACUUGCCCCAGAAAGCAGGCAAUAAUUCCAUUGAGAAAACCAAAGAAAACGUGAACAACGAAUGUGUUGAAGCAAUUUCAUUUGCACUUGAACCUGAGCAACUUGAAGAGGAGCUGCCAGCUGCACUGGCUUCUGAAGAAGAUUAUAGGAACUCUCAAAAUCCCACAAAAGUUGCCAUCAGCAGUUCAGAGAAUAUGACUGUUGCUGCAGUUAAGCCACAGGCCUGCAAAACCUCAAGAAUUCAAAAGAAAGAUAAUAAUUCUGAGAAAUUCAACUCCGCCAACCGGACUGAUGGGUGUAAGAAUAGUUGCAAACAUGGAGUGGAAAGUGUAUCUAGUGAUCCUGGGGUAUUGAGCAGUGAGGACCUUUUAUUGAGAGGGACCGCUUCACCGCCUAUUUCUGCCAGUAAGGUGGUUCAACCAAAGCACACAAAAUUUUUUCAUACAGUUCAGAACAAUCAGUUAUUCAAGACUCCUGUUUCUGUUGGCCGUUCACUGGUGAAGUCCUUUAUUUUGCGCAAGACUCCAGUGAAAGUUGAUGCCAAGGAGGUGAUCCAUAUGGCAAACCUUAAGAAACAAGAGCAAGAAGGAAAAAGAAUACACAAACUGGAGGAAGAGAAAAAACACAAAUUGGGAGAGUUUAAGAAAAAACAAGAGCUCCGGCUGAAACAUGUCUUAGAAGCUCGUUCCAGAGUUGAGCAGCAAGAGGGAAAAAAGAAAAAGAAAAUUGAACAAAAGCAUUUGCAAACUGACAAUAAAAAGGUGCGCAAGGAGAAAUUUUCUGAAGAGAGGGCAAAAAAACUAACUCUUAAGGAGACAGAAGGAGAGUCUCAAAAGUGCCAAGAGGAAGGCAGAAAACAGAGAUUACUACAGACGGAGGAACAACAGGAGGAGGGAGAGCUGCAGCGGCAGUGUAAACCGGCAGAGGCCAAAAAGCUUCAAGAGCUUCAGAGACCUGAGCUGAAGAGAGAACAGCAUGAUCUACAUUGGACUGCAGACAAGAAGUGUGAAGAAAAGCAGCAAGAUAACUUCCCGGUGAAGGAACAGGGAUGCCUGGCAAAAAAGGGGUCUGUCCAAUUACAGAAAAAGCAGGAGCAGACAACAUGGAAGGAAGCUCAACCAGUGAAGGAAAAGCCGUCGUCUUCUUCACAAGAGAAAGUCACAUCACGGGAAGAACAGCAAAUGGGAGAGCCAGAAAGUUGGAGUUUAAAGAGUGAGAAGACUCAAAGGACAUGGUUGGAACAUGACCAACAAGCUGAAGAGUAUAAGCUUGAAAGUUGGGUAAUAAAGUUGAAGAAGAAACAAGACGGAGAAGCCAGAGAAGUUGUAUCCAACAAAAAUGUACUGAAUAAAACUAUGGAGGUGCAUCACCCUGCAGAAAUGGAAUCUUACAGCAUGACUCCUGGUAGCUAUUCCAAAGUAAAGUUGCCCAAAAUAAAUCUUCAGAACUAUGGAAUGGACUUGAACAGUGACGACUCAACAGAUGAUGAGGAGAUGCCACGCAAACCAAUCCCAUCUUGGGCUGAUGGUAAAGAACUACAGCAGGCACUGUUAGAACAGUAUUAUCAUCCACUUAACUUGGACGAACUCUUCAGUGUCAUCAAACCCCCCAACCUUGAAGCCAUCUUUGGCAAAAGGAAGCCUCGUUACCUGAAACGCACAAGUUCUGCAGUGUGGCAUUCACCGCCUGGAUCAAACGUGUUUCAGAAUAUAUCGCAUGGUUUUGUUAAACACUGAAAUGUAUCUAUUCUGUUUCACAAUAACUUUUUAAGUACUGUAAGAAGUGAACAAUUUCUGGUCUGCUUUGACCUUUUCUGUAUUGUCUAUUUAAUUGUACCUGUUUGGAAAAAUGUGGGCUUAGUAACCAGGGCAAGUUUCUUAAACUAAUUUUAUUUAAUUUGCUUAAAGAGUUAUGCAUUUUAAGUUUGCAAAUUUUAUAUUAAGAUCACUUUCAAUUGAUUUGUUUAUUUGGAUGCAAAUUCUUUAUCUUUUAUCAGGGUAGUGUACAAACAUUUUAAUUGUGUUGGGACUGUGUCCAUAAGCAGAAUUUCCUAAUUUGGCAUAAUUGAUAAACUCUGUAUCCAGUACAUUUAAGAGUAAUGGGAUGGCUGGGUUUGGAAACUCAAUGGGUCAUUAAUGGGUGUUUCCUUAGAGUUGAAUUGGCAGAGCAUGCAAGGAGCUUUUGCUAUCAAUCCAGUUGUCUACUUCUCACUGCUUCUGAAAUGGGUUGGCAUUCACUUUCCAGCAUGUCUGUCCCACAACGAAUACUCCAGUGGCAUCUGGUGUUUCCAUGGAACUAAUUUGUCUUGAAGAAUAUUCUUCUGGACUACCACUGUUUUCCACCCCUGUCCCCAAUUCUAGAAAAUCACCUAUUGUGUUUAGAAAUAAACGAUCAUUUGGAUUGAGUGCAUACAAAAUUCACUUCCUCCUCUGCGCUAUGUUAAAUAUAAACCUUGCUGGGAUUUGUUAAAUGUUGAUGUGAUUUGGAGGCCUUGGAAUUAGAGGAUUGAAAUGAAGUUCUCUCAUGGAAGGUGUGUGUGUGAAAAUAAGAGGGAUGGUUAAGCAAGUCUUAUUUAUUGUUCCUCCCCGAACAGCUUGCUGACAUCUUGUUACUUGGGCUCAGAUGUGCACGAUGGACACUUUGGCAGAUUUCUCUUGGAACUGCAUGCUUUGUUUGGUGGGGGAAGGCAGGGAAGAAAUUGGAAACAAAAGAUUUUUGUGUUUCCAGUACUGCAUUGUAAUAAUGUGACCAUUUCAUACUAUGAAAUAUUAAUUAUUUCAAAUGCAGUCAGUUGUAUUGAACCCUGCUUUAUAUUGUGGAAGUGUUUUUGUAAAUAUCCCACAGUCCAAAUAAUGAGGAAAAUGCUUGUUUAAUAAAGCUUUACUGAUAGUAAACCAUUUUUUUGGUUUGAAACUGCUCAAUGCCACAAAUCACAUUACUCCUACUUGACUUUUUUAAUGUAUAACUAAAUUUCAAUAGUCUUUAGAACCAAUUGACCAACAGAUUUUAUUCUGUGUAACACUGCUUGGCCAAGGAUUGGUGAACAGCCGUUCAUCUGCAUUUCGUUGAGACUGAUAGUUUUUAAAAUGAAGAUCCUAUGUGAAAUUUAAAUUUGAAAACAAAAGUGUUUUCAGAUGAUGGAAUCUGGAGCAAAAAAAAAACUGCUGGAGGAACUGGAGUUUAGGCAGCAUCUGUGGAGGGAAAAGAAUGGUUAAUGCUUCAGGAGGGAGGUUUGCCAAUAUGAAGGAGGGAGAGGUGAAGUAGGUCGAUUGAGGAUGAUAGACAUAUACAGCCAGCUAGGGUGGAGGUGGAAGAUGGGCACUGAGGCUAAUGGGUGGAAAAGGAGGGCAAAAAGAACCUGCACAAGAGGGUGAAGAUGGAGGUAAAGGCUAGAAAGUGCUGAGUGGAAGUAUAAAAGCUGAACUUGUAAGUAAGGAAAGGUGAUAGAAUUGCAUGAGGGCUGAUGUAGAGUCUUCCUCUACCUUUACCUCUCCUAUCCUACUUGGCUCGUCCUUCCUUAUCCCUGUCCAUUUCCACUUAUUAUUCCCAGCCUCUUCUAGCUCCACCCCUUCCCCUCUACCAGCUGGCUCCAUUUGCUCCAUCCUUCACCUCAAUCUAGUUCCAUUAUUGCUUACCAGUCCCUAUCUCAUUUAUUCCUCUUACUUUUACAGUGGCUAUUCUUUCUGCAAGCUCUCAGACCUGAUGCAGGGUCUUGACCAGAAAGGACCCUGGCUUAUUGAGCAGAAAGGGCUUGUUACAAUGCUGUGUCUUUUUUAAAAAUCUUGUUCCUGACCAUGGAUUCCAACCCUUUCCCCAGGAAGUGUUUGAAACUGAACCAGACAUAUACUUGGCCAUCUAUCUGACUCUGACAUGAGUUUCUCAAGUUUUCAUCCGUGUUUUUGCUGAUCCACUUGAUUGAUCUAAUGUACUCCUUUUUAUCCUUGCAUGCAAUCUACUGGUAUUACAAUAAAUUUGAAUUUGAAAAUGCUUGAGUUGGAUACUUUAAUGUAGAGUUGCAGCUUAAUCAUGAAGCCACAGCACAGAGUGGUAGCAGAAAGGAAAUGUGUCACAAAAUAGAACACAGGACAAAGACAACUGGAGAGUACAAAUUUGUCACUUGUCUUUGUGGUCUUUACAUUUUGUAUGUCAAAUAAACAACAGGCCCCCAUGAGCACAAGAUACAGAUAUUAGUUGUUUCUUUGUAAUACUUUGUUUCUGCCAUCUCUUGCCUCACCAGACUCAUUUCUUAAGGUCUGAUUUCGUGCUAUUUCCACUUGUUCUGUCCAUUCCCAUAGAUCCAGGACACCCCUCAUGCCCUUCAUUUUGAUGACUUCCAUUUCCCCAGUCUCAACUGGUUUAUCUUUACCAUGCAUAUAUUGUCUGUAAGUCUCCACUCCCCAUAUUGAAUCUUGAACAAAGGUUGGUUCUCCAUUAUUCCACUCAUCCACUUGGCACAACUUUGUCCUUGCCCUUUAAAAUGUUUCUUCCAAUUCCUGUCUGAAGAUCAAAGGUGUGGGCAUUGGCAACAUCUGUAUUGUCGGCUGUAUAGAACAGGCCUUGUAACAAGCUCACUCCAGUUCAACUCUUGCUUCACAUCAACAAUGUGAUGGUGCUGCUUCCUGCAUUCAUGUGGAACUCAUCAAUUUCAUCAUCGUUACCAUUAACUUACACCCUGCCCUCAACUUUACCCAGACCAUCUGAUACCUCUUCCUUUUCCUGGUUCUUGCACUCUUCAUCUUGGAAUACAGACUUGCCACUGACAUGUAUACAAACACACUGAAUCUCAUCCUACCUUCCUUGGGGAUGCCAUCCUUUCAAUUUCUCCAUUUGUGCUCUCAAGACAAGGUCUUCUGUUUUGGGGUUUCUGAAGCAUCAUUUUUUUUCCUGAAACAGCUUCACCUUGGCUAUUAAUGGAGUCUUCCACAUAUUUCUUCCAUUUCACAUAUUGUUUGCCACAGACCCCUCUCCAGACAAGUGAUAAUUGCAAUUUUUGAGUAAUUUCUAAAAAAGAUUCUCUCCAGAUUUGCGUUCAUUUGUUGUUAUUUCAACGUUGCCAUGUUGAUUGAUCGUCAUUUGGCCUCGGGUUAGAUAAACCCAAUCUUAAAAUUGAUAGUGACUUAUUGUUAUCAUUGUAAAUACAUGUAAGGGCAAGGUUCCCAGAUAAGAACCAUCCAAGUAAGACCUCAAAGGAGGAGCUGGUGGAAGAUGAUGAUGUGACGCAGUGAAGGUGGAGAAAGACUAACAAUGAAGGGUAACACAACCAAACCCGAUUAAAUUUAAGGUAGCUUUUCUUCUUCAAAAAUC